UGCUGAUUCGGUUCUACGUAGUCCACCACAGAAUAAUUUAUUUAUUUCAAUGGAAAAUCUUUUAGAUCAGUUACUGAAGAAACUUAAGAUUGACCAUGUCUUCUGGUACAAGGACAGAGCAGAUAUGUAUUACGAGGUAAUCUUUCCAGUUGCUAGUGGAGAUUCAUGUGAAAAUUGUUUACAUUCUCUUGCAGAAUUUGGUAUUGGUAUACGGAUGAAUUCUAUAGUUAGCGUACUUCCUACUCAAUGUACAUUAAGGGGUUUAAAAAAUAUUGAUGUAUAUGACGAAUCGAUAGAACUAAAUCAAAAAUAUAAUAAAAUUAUAAUUAAUAAUAUUCCAUGUGAUAAAAGCGAUACAUGGAAAGAAUUUAUAGCCUCUAUCCGAUCAAAAUUAACUGUGAAGCAAGUAAUAGAUGGUGUUCAAGAUGGUGGCCAGUUAACAUUUGAUUUCGUUUUAUUGGUAUUAAUUGCAGAUUACUAA